AUGGAUGAGUUGAUUGCUAGAGCUUGUAAUUUGGAUAAUGAACCACUCUCUCUAAGGACUCCACAAGAAAUUUCAGAAUCUUAUCAAGAUGGUCCAACGUUGGUUAAUGAUGUAAAAUCACCUGAGAAUCAAAAGGACUUCCAUACUAAAUUUAUUUCAGAACAUGAACAGUUUACUGAAUUCAACGAUGAUGGUUUGAAAAUGAGAAUAGCCCAUAAUUUAGAUAAGGGUGUUCAAAAUUACGAUGAAGUUUACUUAUUUAUUCACGGAUUAGGGGGGAAUUUCGAACAAUUUGAACCUUUGUUGAGGUUGGUGGAUGCUUCUGAUAAGAAAUUCUUAACUAUGGACUUGCCAGGUUUUGGGAAAUCAGAUGAACUAGAAAGCUAUGGAAUGUUUGAUAUUAUCGAGGUUAUUAAUUAUGUCGCUAAGAAAUUCAUUAAAGAUGGAAAAUCGAUAAAUGUUAUAGGCCACUCUAUGGGUUGUCUGCUUUCUAUACAUUUCAUGGAAAAGUUCUCCAAAGAACUCAAUAUUACUCAAUUGGUCCUAUUGACUCCACCAAAUCCAGAAGACACAAGAUUAUCAAGGAGUAAUUAUUUGACAAGGUUUGUAAUUGGGUCAUUAUUUAAAUGGCCAGGAAUAUUCGAUAUUUAUAGAAACAGAUUUGAUCAAAAUAAGGGUUUGGAAAGUUCAGGUAUUAAACAGUUCUUCUAUAACAAUGAUGACACUGAUUUAGUGAGUCGUUACAGGAAAUUAUGGCAAUUCCAUAAUAACGUCCAAAAUAGGAGUCGCACAGUCGUUGGAUACCUAUAUGGUUGGGAAUCCGUUGAUUGGGAAAGAAUAAAUCAACUCAGCAUCACAAAUUCCCUUAAAGUUAGAGUUGUGGGAGCAAAUAAAGAUAUUGUAACGCCAAUUGAAGAUGCAGAAAUCAUGUUGGAAGGAUUUACUGCUUUCAGUGAUAAAGAGUUACUCCUAAUUGAAAAUUCUUCGCAUAAUGUCUGUUUUGACGCUCCAGCACAAAUAUGUACUUUAUUCUAUAAAAAUAUUUUUUAG